UCAUUUGAAGUUCUAUUUUUAGCAAAGCGCACGCGUAACGUCUUUUAAAUUCGCCAUUUUUAUAAUUUAUUGUUGUGUGUUUAUUAAAAAAGCAUGAGAUUUUGUUAUGUAAAUGACCAGAGAAUUGAAGCGAUGAUUUCUUGUGGAAAGUAAACACGUGGAGUUGAGGAAAUAUGGAGCGCCGUUGACAAAUUUUAUACAACCUAUUAGCAAACAGGAUGGGAGCAUUUCUUGACAAACCAAAGACAGAUAAAUUCCAAGAGUGUGGAGAAGGCAAUGGUCUUCGAUAUGGAGUGGCUAGCAUGCAGGGUUGGAGGGUCGAGAUGGAAGAUGCCCACAUGGCUAGGACGAACCUUGGGGACGCGCUUAAAGACUGGUCUUAUUUUGCUGUUUUCGAUGGCCAUGCUGGGGCAAAGGUAUCGGCUCACUGUGCUGAGCAUCUGCUUGACGCCAUCAUGCAAACGGAGGAAUUCCAGGAGGACGUGAUGAAGGGCAUACACAACGGUUUCCUAGAGUUAGAUAAUAAAAUGCGCUCGUUACCUGAAAUGACGUCUGGAGAAGAUAAAAGUGGCACAACAGCUGUGUGCGCGUUCGUUUCUCCGAGACUAAUAUACAUAGCAAAUUGUGGCGAUUCCCGUGCGGUACUUUGUAGAGCCGGAAGUCCUGUGUUCACCACGCAGGACCACAAACCGAGUUUGCCCUCUGAACGAGAGCGUAUCGUCAAGGCUGGAGGUAAUGUCAUGAUUCAAAGGGUGAACGGUAGUCUAGCGGUAUCUCGAGCUCUGGGCGAUUACGAAUACAAAAACGUGGAAGGUAGAGGACCCUGCGAGCAGUUGGUCUCACCCGAACCGGAAAUUUUCGUCAAAGAUCGAGAUGACAACGAGGAUGAGUUUUUGGUACUGGCGUGUGACGGUAUCUGGGAUGUGAUGAGCAACGAGGAUCUCUGUCAAUACAUACAUAAUCGUCUUUUAGUUACUGAUAAUUUACAGGAAGUUACCAGUCAAGUCAUUGAUACAUGUUUAUACAAGGGUAGCCGAGAUAACAUGAGUAUUGUAUUAGUUGUAUUCCCUGGAGCUCCAACCCCUACCCAGGAAGCAAUUGAAGCCGAAAAAGAAUUAGAUGCCACCUUGGAAAGGCGCAUAAAAGAAAUUGUAGAAGAAAACGAAGACAAUGAGUUCUCCAUGGUGUUACAUAAACUUGUGUCUCUCAACAUUGAAGGGUUACCUCCGGGCGGUGGUUUAGCUGCAAAGCGUGCAUUGAUUGAAAAAAUUUUCAAAGAAUUAUGUCCGGAUCAAGCUGAAACUGAUUUGGACCCAUUCAACUAAUUUUGAAGAAAUUCACUUUUCAGGUGUUGAUGGUUAAUUUUAGUUUAUUGCUGUUUUAUUUAAAAACAUAAGCUUGAUAAUUGGCUUUAGAGAAUCAUAAAAUUAAAUUAUGUAUUUUUAAUUGCUGCUCUUGUACAUUAUCGGCGUGAGUGAAUUUAAGUAUUGUAUUGUUAUUUGGUUCACACGUAGGGCCUAACUAUACCUUAUUAGUUACCAUUUUUAAACCUAUAAAAGUGAUUUGUUUUUUGUAUACAAAAUGAAACUGUUUAUAUGUUCAUGUUCCAUGCACAAAAUGCAUCGUACUGCAUGUUGAUCUUUAUAAUACUAUACAUAAAAACAUACUUUAUUUUAUCUAGCGGUGCCACUAGUAAAUAACUCUUAGAAGUUUAGCAGCAGUGUGGCAACUUUAUCAUUUUGAAAAAAACAAUAAAUGUUUGUAGUUAAUUGUUUCUUUUUUAUUUCAUCUGUUUGAUGCAAACAUUUAUUACAAGUGGUAUUUUUCAUCAUAUCAUAAAUCAUCAAUUACCAUUCUUUGUACAGAGGUCGUGAUUUAAAAAAUACGUUAAAAUUCUAUUUUUUAACUAUGUGAACAGGUGUAUAAAUUAAGAUUAUUUAGUGUAUUUUAAGAUGAAUUGAAAAUACUCUAAUAAAAUCAUUAUAAUUAAAUUAUUUAAAUAAAUAGUGUUUUAUUUUUAUACAUGGUACACUUUUUAUUGGUUAACGGUUUGGUCACAACAAUGAAUCUUAAAAACUAGUAAUUCGUGCUGGAUGUACAGUGGGCAAUUAAUUCUAUGCAGUUUGAAUUGUCGCAUUUCAACAAAUCAUCGAAAUGUAAAAUUAAAACUAGACAACAUAAUUAAUUUUGUAAAUACAUCCCGUUUAAUGUUAUUAGCUGUCGUUUUGUAUUAUAUAUUAAAGAAUUUAAAAUUUAAA